UCUUUCUAAUUUCGGACCAAACGAAACCCUCGCCCUUUACCUCCCCCUCUUCGCUUUGCCUCCAGAUCUCGUCUCCCUUCCUAUAAAAGACCUCAUCUUUCAAAUUCUCUCUCUUUGAAUCCGAACCCCUGGCCUUCUUCCCGCUUCGAUCCAUGGAUUUCUUUGUUUUUCUUUGCUGAUUCAUGCUGGGAACCCUAUAAUUUUGGGUUUUGAUUUGGAUUUGUAGCAGGAGGAGGUAUCAGAUCGAGCUCUGUUUUGCCGCUUUGGGUGUUGGGAUUUUUUGAGGGUUUUUGCUGUUGAUCGUGUCUGGAUGAUGAAUGAGUUCUGAUUUGGUAGCCUUCUCAUUCUGCGAAUCCGAUUUUGGGGGAACCUUUUGAUCCGCUUUCUUUUGCGCUGUUCUGCUGUUCUUGAGAAUUUCAGGGUUGUUUUUGCUUUAGAUCGUUGCUGGACGAGGCUUACAAGUGGAGAAAAGUUGGGAUUUUGAACGAAUCAUUUCGAUCUUGGACGAUCGGAUCAUUUUUUCUACUAUAUUUCUGUGAUUUUCGCCUGUGGUCUGAUUGUUUUUAUCUGAAAUCAAGGGCAAGAGAUUUGGGGGAAAGAUUUUUGUGUGGUGGGUGAAAUUUGAGGAUAAAAUAUAAAUUUUUAUUAGUAGGGCUAAGAUCGGUGAGAUUUGGGAAGGAAAUAUGGCGGAUCAGGCGAUGGAAGGAAGUCAACCAGUUGAUCUGUCCAAGCAUCCAUCUGGAAUCGUUCCCACGCUACAGAAUAUUGUGUCAACUGUCAAUUUGGAUUGCAAGCUGGACCUUAAAGCUAUAGCUCUACAGGCUCGUAAUGCAGAGUACAAUCCAAAGCGUUUUGCUGCAGUUAUCAUGAGAAUCAGAGAGCCAAAAACCACUGCUUUGAUAUUUGCAUCUGGAAAAAUGGUCUGUACUGGGGCAAAGAGUGAACAGCAAUCAAAACUUGCAGCGCGGAAGUAUGCCCGUAUCAUACAGAAGCUUGGUUUUCCUGCUAAAUUCAAGGACUUUAAGAUUCAGAACAUUGUUGGAUCAUGUGAUGUCAAAUUUCCAAUUAGACUCGAAGGCCUGGCAUAUUCUCAUGGUGCUUUCUCCAGUUAUGAACCUGAGCUUUUCCCUGGACUGAUAUACCGAAUGAAGCAACCCAAGAUUGUGCUCCUCAUUUUUGUUUCAGGCAAGAUCGUUCUAACAGGAGCCAAGGUAAGGGAUGAGACAUAUACUGCUUUUGAGAAUAUUUAUCCAGUGCUCACAGAAUUCAGGAAAAGUCAACAGUGACUGCUGGAUUUUUACUAGGGUUACUUUUCUUGCAUCAAUAGAGUGCAAUGGGAGUUUUGAAUCUUUUGAUAAUUAAAAUAUCAGUAAGCCCUCAAUUGUCAUCUUCUGUUAGUUUUUUAUGAGCUCCACUGUAGGAAAUGUUUCUCAGAAAAACCAGAGUCACUAGUCAUCUGGCAAGUUAUAUGGUUCUUUUUAUUGUAGAGCUGUCAAAUAAGGGGUGUACUAUGUCAAUAGUGACAGCUUUAAGAUUUCAUGGCCCUAUGCAUCGUCAGAGACAUGGAAUUCAAAGCUAGCAAGAGACUUGCAUGGGCAAAUUGCAAUGACCCUUUUUGCUCACUAUGUCAUAACCAUAUUUCAUACAUACUGUCUUCUUGUAAAUUGAUGACGUUUUGUUAGAUCUUGUUGAUGAUAACAGUUCUUGGCUAGAUUGAUCCUUAAAUCACUAUGCUUUAAAGAUAUUUCCUUGUGUGUGAGGAACUGUAAAAAAAAGAGCUACGUUGAGUUGUUUUUUCUGGAAAACUCAGAUGCAGUGGAAGCGAAUUGCUUGUUUCUUGUUAUUAUACAACUCCCCCCCCUGAUGUUUGAACUGUUUAUUAUCUAUUUUAAAAUGCAAGACAAGAUGUAUACUCUAUGUUUUGAAUUGAUGAACAAUUUAAUUUAACUCCUGGUUGGUCCUGUCA